UAAUGUAUUCUGCUUCUUCUUCGAUAUUAAUCAGAGCAGCCAACAAGAUCGACAUUUACCAUAACGUUAGGAUUCAGUUAAGUUCUGAGUGGCUUAGUGUAUAGUUUGGAGGGCAGUUGUGGGCACUAACCUGAGCUACUUUAAAAUUUUUGAAAAAUGUGUGACGACGAUGUUACCGCCCUUGUCGUGGACAACGGCUCCGGUAUGUGUAAAGCUGGCUUCGCAGGAGAUGACGCGCCACGUGCUGUGUUCGCCAGUGUCGUAGGCAGACCACGAUAUAAGGGUGUAAUGGUUGGUAUGGGUCAAAAAGACUCAUACGUCGGAGACGAAGCUCAAACAAAACGCGGUGUUCUCACAGUCAAAUACCCCAUCGAACACGGCAUUAUCAGCAACUGGGACGACAUGGAAAAAAUUUGGCAUCACACCUUCUACAACGAACUAAGGAUCUCUCCAGAAAACCACCCCGUACUGCUCACCGAAGCGCCUUUAAAUCCAAAGAUCAAUCGCGAGAAGAUGACCCAAAUAAUGUUCGAAACCUUUAAUUGUCCCGCCAUGUACGUAGCUAUACAGGCUGUCCUUUCUUUGUACGCUAGCGGAAGGACAACGGGUAUCGUUAUGGAUUCCGGGGAUGGAGUAUCUCAUACAGUUCCUAUAUAUGAAGGUUAUGCGCUACCACAUGCCAUUCUGCGAAUGGAUCUGGCUGGAAGAGAUCUUACAGACUAUCUAAUGAAACUGCUCACGGAACGUGGAUAUAGCUUCACAACUUCAGCAGAACGAGAAAUUAUCAGAGAUCUCAAGGAAAAGAUAUGCUACGUAGCUCUGGACUUCGACCAAGAUCUGGCGAUAGCGCAAAAUACUACUUGUUUGGAAAAAUCCUAUGAACUGCCCGACGGACAGAUCAUUACGCUAGGAAACGAACGAUUUAGAUGUCCGGAAGCUAUGUUUCAGCCAUCUUUAAUUGGUAUGGAAAUCCCAGGAAUAGCAGAGACUACAUAUCUAUCCAUUAUGAGAUCCGAUAUGGACAUCAGGAAAGAUCUGUACGCGAAUACAGUACUCUCAGGUGGUAGUACUAUGUUUGUGGGUAUUGCGGAUAGAAUACAAAAGGAAAUAGCAGCUCUGGCGCCAGCUUCCAUGAAAAUUAAAAUCAUUGCACCUCCGGAGAGGAAAUAUUCCGUAUGGAUAGGUGGUAGCAUUUUGGCCAGUUUGACGACGUUCCAGCAGAUGUGGAUCUCCAAAUCCGAGUACGAGGAGUCUGGAUCUAUCAUUGUUCAUAGAAAAUGUUUUUAGAAUGCUUUUGUUUUGUUAUGUACUUAAAAAAAUAUAUCUUUAUUUAGUA